AUGGUCAAGUCCUACCUAAAAUUUGAGCCAUCAAAGUCCUUCGGCGUCGUCGCAUCCAGCAGCUCCAACAUUGUCUGGUCGUCCAAGGACAAGACGAAAAGCAGCGCCGGCCAAGCUGUCGUCGCCGCCAAUGAGGAGGUGCUAGUCUGGGAUAUCAAGAAGGGCGAACUCCUCAGCCGCUGGAAAGAAGAGAACAACAGAGCUCUGGUAACCGCAAUCGCGCAAAGCAAGACCGACCCGGAUCUGUUCGCUGUCGGCUACGAAAAUGGCAGUAUUCGCAUUUGGGACAGCAAGAUCGCCACCUCCGUAGUGAGCUUCAACGGCCACAAGUCGGCCGUCACUAUUCUCGCUUUCGACAAGACUGGUGUGCGCCUGGCCUCCGGUUCGAAGGAUACCGACGUUAUUGUUUGGGAUCUGGUGGCCGAGGUGGGACAGUACAAGCUGAGAGGACACAAAGAUCAGGUUACCGGCCUGAGGUUCAUUGAGCCGGAGCCGGUGGUGCAGGAAGAAGAUGGAGAGCAGGCGUUGAUGGCGGUGGACAACGAGGGCGCAGAGGGAUUCCUUCUUACGACAGGAAAAGAUUCGCUGAUUAAGCUCUGGGAUCUUUCAUCCCGCCACUGUAUCGAGACACACGUUGCGCAAAGCAAUGGCGAAUGCUGGGCGCUAGGAGUUUCGCCGGAUCUGAGCGGCUGCGUGACUGCUGGGAACGAUGGCGAAAUGAAGGUGUGGGCAUUGGAUGUCGUGGCACUGGCUGCCUCGGCGCAACGAGUCGACCUUUCACAAUCAGUAAACUUCCUCCACAACAGAGGCACAUUACACCGAUCGAGCAAAGAGCGUGCAGUCGAGGUUAUUUUCCACCCCCGCCGGGAUUACUUCGCCGUACACGGAGUCGAGAAGAACGUUGAAAUUUGGAGGAUACGGACGGAAUCAGAGGUCAAGAAGAGCUUGGCCAGGAAAAAGAAGAGAAGAAAGGAGAAGCUGGCAAAAGAUAAGAAGGGCGCCGAUGUUGACAUGGAGGAUGAGGGCGCCGACGACAUCAACAAGGCCGAGAUUUCUGAUGUGUUUGCGCAGCACGUUAUCGUACGAACCACGGGCAAGGUCAGAUCAGUCGACUGGGCGAUACAACAAGGGAGCAAGGACCUGCAAUUACUUGUAGGGUCCACAAACAACUUGUUGGAGCUCUAUACGAUUGUUGGAAAGGACAAGCUCAAGUCCAAGACCGAUGUCGCAGAUUACAACAAGGCACUGGGUGUUGAUCUCCCAGGCCAUCGCACAGACAUCCGCUCGCUAUCACUCAGCUCGGACGACAAAAUGCUGGCAUCUGCUGCCAAUGGUUCGCUCAAGAUUUGGAACGUAAAGACACAAGCCUGCAUCAGAACAUUUGAGUGUGGUUAUGCGCUCUGCUGCGCAUUUUUGCCAGGUGACAAGGUGGUAGUGGUGGGAACCAAGGAGGGAGAGCUCCAACUGUACGAUGUGGCUUCCGCGGCGUUGCUGGAGAGCGUGAAUGCACACGAGGGCCAUGCUAUCUGGGCGCUACAAGUCCACCCAGAUGGCAAGUCUGUGGUGUCAGGAGGUGCCGACAAAGCAGCCAAAUUCUGGGACUUCAAGAUUGUCCAGGAGCAAGUUCUUGGCACCACGAGAACCACACCAAAACUCAAGCUGGUCCAGUCGAGGAUACUCAAGGUAUCUGACGACAUUCUCAGUCUGAAAUUCUCCCCCGACUCCAAGCUCCUGGCUGUGUCUCUCCUCGACAGCACAGUCAAGGUCUUCUUUGUCGACUCCCUCAAACUCUACCUCAACCUCUACGGCCACAAACUCCCCGUCUUAAGCAUGGACAUCUCCUUCGACAGCAAACUAAUCAUCACCUCCUCCGCCGACAAGAACAUCAGAAUAUGGGGUCUCGAUUUCGGCGACUGCCACAAAGCCUUGUUUGGUCACCAAGACUCGAUCCUCCAAGUAGCCUUCAUCCCCCACAACUCGGACGGCAACGGACAUCACUUCUUUUCCGCGUCCAAAGACCGCACGAUAAAAUACUGGGACGGGGAUAAAUUCGAGCAAAUCCAACGUAUCGACGGCCACCACGGGGAGAUCUGGGCCCUUGCCAUCUCCCACGCGGGUAACUUCCUCGUGUCCGCCUCUCACGACAAGUCUAUUCGUGUAUGGGAGGAAACGGACGAGCAGAUCUUCCUCGAGGAAGAGCGCGAAAAGGAACUGGAAGAGCUUUACGAAUCUACGCUCACCACCUCCCUGGAGCAAGACGCCGACGCCCAGGAUGAAAACCGCGAGGUUGCCGCAGCAUCAAAACAGACGGUUGAGACGUUGAUGGCAGGAGAGAGAAUAGCCGAGGCCCUCGAGCUCGGCCUGUCAGACCUCAACGUGGUGAAAGAGUGGGAAGUAGCCAAGGCUUCCAACCCCAACCUUGCGCCGCCGCAACGGCACGCCAUCUUCAUGGCGCUGGGGAACAUCACGGCGGAGCAAUACGUGAUGAACACCCUCUCCAAGAUCAAAGCGUCCGCGCUCCACGAUGCGCUUCUGGUUCUUCCCUUUGCGUCAGUGCCGAUGCUGUUCACCUUUUUGAACCUCUUCGCGCUACGGAGCAUGAACAUCCCUCUCACCUGCAGGAUCUUGUUUUUCAUGCUCAAAACCCACCACAAGCAGAUUGUCAGCAGCAGGACGAUGCGCCAGAUGCUGGACGGGAUCAGAGUCAAUCUGAGGCAGGCGCUGAGGAAGCAGAAGGAUGAGAUGGGGUAUAAUAUUGCGGCGUUGAGGGUGGUGGGGAUGCAGAUUGAGGAGAGGAGUGUCAAGGGGUUCGUGGAUGAGAAUUGGGAGGAGGAGGAGAAGCAGAAGAAGGAGGUGAGGAAGAGGGCUUUUGCUAGUCUUUCUUAG